AUCACUAUCACAGAAAAAAACAAACCAAAACCAAUUGAACAUUUUCAACUAUCUUCCUCAACACAGAUAAAAAAACAGAUCUAUUUCAAAACCCCCAAAAUGCUUCAAAACAACAACAGCAAAAACCCAUCAAUCUCACUACACAACACUCACGUCAAGCUUCUAGCCUUCGACCUCCUAACCCUAACCCCACCCUCCUCCCCAGACCAACCCUUCACCCGCAAAUCAAUCCCCAUAACCCGCCUCGAAACCCUAGGAACCAUCACCCUCCGCGAUCACAAACCCUCUAAGUUCCUCCGUUUCGCAAUCGACGACGGAACCGGUUGCAUCCCCUGUAUCCUCUGGCUUAACCACUUGACUUCCCCUCAUCUCGCUCGCCGUCGUAGUCCGCAGGAUCUUUGUCUGCUCGCUGACGCUGCUGCGAGAUCUGCGGAGGUUGUGAAGGUUGGGGUUGUCGCUAGGGUUAGGGGGAGGGUUACGGCGUUUAAGGGGAGGGUUCAGGUUACUGUGACGGAUGUUGUUGGUGAAAGGGAUCCUAAUGCGGAGAUUUUGCAUUGGGUUGAUUGUGUUAAGUUGGCUCGUAAUUGUUAUAAUCUUGUUACUUUUUCUUCUUCCUCUUAGGAUUGAUUCUCUAACACCUUAGACAAACAUUGUUGUUGUUGUUGAAAGGAAACAUUGUUGUUGUGCUUUUAAUUUGUGUUUCUAAGAAAAAGUUACAUUACCAACGAUGUUAUGUUGACUUGUUGAAAGAGAAAGCAAAAUGUUUGUGAGUAAGAACAAAGAUUUUGGAGAUGAAUAUUUCACUUUCCAUGUAAAAUUACUACUGUCAUUCAUUUAAGGGGUAAAUGUGUCUUUACGACUUGAGAAAAUAUCAAUAGCAUUGUGUUAUGCAGCCCAAUAGGCCCAAGAGAGUUAAGAAAGUUCCCUUUUAUUUUAAAGACUAUUGUUACUAAUUUGCUGUAUUUUCGUUUGGGCCCAUAAGCCCAUUUCUAGGAUCCUCUUUGGUUCCCAACCCUAGCUAUAUAUUUGUAUUUUCCUCUUUCAUUUGAGUUUAUGAAGAAAGUAUGAAGUUGUUUAUUGUCCAUUUCUUUUAAUGCCUAUUUGAUCUGAAUUUUAUAGUCUAGCUAGAUCUUAACACAUUGCCAUUUGCCAAAUAGACAAAGUCUUGGUUCCGGUUCGUUUGUAAAAUACAAACCGUAAACCGAACCACGCGGUUUGUUAAAAAAUGGCUCAAACACAUCCAAACCAAAAUGCGAUUUUUUGCGUUUCGAUUUAGUUUGAUUUAGUUUUACGGUUUUUUAUUGGGCCGAUUUGGUUUUGAGUAUCCGUUACAUAUAAUAGUCAAAAUCCAAGUUAUCCAAAAGCGCUUUGUUAAACAUUUUCUGCUUCUCUCUUGAGAUGUAUCUCAAACAAGAAUUUCGAAAGUACAUGCUAUAAGUUCUUUGACUUGUUACUAUUCUCAAAUGGAAAUUAUUUGCAAACAAAGAAAAGGAAAGGGAACAACAGAUCACCUAAAUUGCUAUACAAAAAAUAACAUUCGUACAAUAACAAAACUCUAAUUUCAUCUUCACCAACUGGGGAACCAGAAGAGGGAUACCUGAAAAAGGGAGUUUUGAGAAUACCGGAUUAAUAAUAAACAAAACCACCCUAAGAUGUGUUCUAAAGACAAUGUUUGAGGAAUUUAUAA